GCAGAAACUUCCAAAAGCUCUAUUUUUUUUAAAAUUCUUUUUAACCUUUGCAGCCUGAUAAAGCAGAGCGAAAUAGAUGACCCAAAUCCAUCAAAGUCUUUCUGAAUCAAACACCGUCGCGUUCCGUUCUAAUUCAACCCGUUUUGGGGAGGGCUCUGGUUUGUAUCUCAUUUUUCUCCUGCGAUUCUAGUGUAUUGGGGGAAUUGAACUGUGCUAGAGAGAAUUCUGUAUCUGUGCUAGAGAAUGGGGCAUAUCUUAGCCAAGUUAUGUUGUGUACCCAAGAAAUUGCAGCAACAGUCCAAGAAUGAUGGGGAUGACUCUGACCAUCACGUUGAAUUUGCUGGAGGAAACGUUCACCUCAUCACUACAAAAGAAAGUUGGGAGCAAAAGCUGGAAGAAGCAAGAAGAGAUGGCAAAACAGUUGUGGCAAAUUUUAGUGCUUCAUGGUGCGGUCCAUGUCGAAUGAUUGCACCAUUGUACUGCGAGCUUUCAGAGAAACACCCUUCUCUGAUGUUUCUGACAGUUGAUGUUGAUGAACUUACAGAAUUCAGCACGUCAUGGGAUAUCAAAGCAACUCCGACCUUCUUCUUCCUCAAAGAUGGACAGCAAGUCGACAAAUUGGUAGGGGCCAACAAGCCGGAAUUGCAGAAGAAGAUAACAGCCAUAUUAGACACCGAAACGCAAUGCCAGAAAUAGUGCUAUUACGGUUAUAUUCUUUUAUGUGUUAUGGACAGUCCGGCCUUGUUUCUGUGAUCAUAUGUUUAUUUAUGUGCAAAUGUAAAUCCAACCCAGUUUUUCCAUGGACUUUUUGACCAAGAAUCCAUGAAAAGAACAGUGCUUUGUGAAAAACAUCAAUGCUUCUUUUUAUUUUUCCUGAGAAUUUCUUUUGCUGUUGUUUACAUGAAAA